GUUAUUUAAAAAAAAAAAAAAAAAAACUAAGUUGUGAAAAUCAUAAUAACCUAUCAUUAAAAAGAUAAGGAACAUUACUUGAAUUGGCCCGUUUAAAAACAACAAAGAACACUUUAAAAGGUCAUGUCCACAUAACUUCCGGUGUUCAUGCCAAGUUUACCGUUGGCAUGACAACGUUUGAUUCCUGCUGAAGACGACGGGAAGUGACUUGUUAAUCGCCACGGCUGAUUUUUCAUCAUGAAUGUGAUCCGUGCAGCUGGUUAAUGUUAUCAGGUGUGUUUUUCGAUCAGAGAUGUGUUCCUCAACGCCAAGCGGAUAAGUCUCAUCCAGGUAGUGUUCGCUAGACAGUCAUGUAGGUAGCUGAGUGUGUUCAGACUGAUAUCAGAUUAACGGUUUUACUUUAAAAUGCACUCGACUGAUGGAUCAGAACGCGGUCUUGGUUCAAUACUGCUUUGUGCUAAUGUAAGAGCGAUGAUCUAGCAAAAAUAUAUAAAUAAGAGUUAAAGGCAGGCUUUUGAAGACGGAUGAUCCGCUGUGGCGACCCCUAAUGGGAGACGCUGGAAGAAUAAAUAGUUAAAGGCAGGCUUUAACGCAUACCGUUAUGUCUACCGGUAAUUUACCACCUCUGCGAAAUUUGCCCAGCUGGAGCCGGGUUGGGACCCUCGAUCGGACCCGUUGCCCUCUUCUCAUUUCCUGUGAAUGUGAGCAUAAAGCAGCGCAAUUGCACAGACACGACCAUAAGACCACUCAGACCAGUGUAGGGAUGGACACGGCCGGGGCGAGGAUCGCCUCACUGGAGAAAGACAUCUUGUUCCUUCAGCAAACGCAUAAGAGCACACUGGAGAAGCUCCACGAGAAGAUUGAACACCUGAAGCGAGCUAACAAAGAGUUGCAGUAUCAGCUGAUUAUGGGAGCACAGCAUCCUCCUCCAGAGCCUUGUCCUAACUUAAAUGAAAAGCAUUGCCAGUCUGGAAUCAUCAGCUCAGAAGAAAAGCUAGAGGCAAGACUUCAUGGAGCGGAACACGACCUUAUUGUGUCUCUGCUUCCUCUGAGGAUCCGAGACGGUUCAUCUCGGCCUCCACGCUCUCCAACCCUGCAGCAGUGUGAGGCCACGAUCAGACAGCUACAUAAUACCAACACCAUGCAGUCUCAGGAGUUGUCACGACUGAAAGCUGUACUCACAGAUGUGCUAAACAAAAAGAAAGUCCCACCUGAGGUCUACAAUUUUACAAAGACACAUCUCUCUGACUUCACAAGGCAUCAGCCUCAUGUGCAUGUGAGAGAGAAGGUUAUACUUCCUGCCAUCAGACAGAACCUAAGCAGCAACCUGACGGAGAGGCAGAAACGUGCCCAGGACAUUCACAAACAGCGCCUCAGAAGACCAGUCUUUUCCUAACUAAAAACAGCUAUAUACACCAGUAUAAAAUCAGAAUUAUGCUUUGAAAAUGCUUUGUAUUAAUUAUUAUGAACUUAUAUCCUAUUUUACUCUGUAUUAUCUUGUACAUGUUUACCUGUGCAUCUUCUUAUGGAUUAUGGCUAAUGACAGCUGACACGAGUGUCUUUAAUGCUAAAAUCUGUUUAAUAUUUCAGAUGGCAGGUGCUGCUUUUUUAGCGUGUUUUUUUCUGUUUGCCUGUUUCUGUUAGACUAUAGUAAAAUAUCAUUAUUUUAGCUGUUAAAUUAUAUUAAUUGGACCAUUAUAAGAAUAAAGACAGUAGAAAGUCAUAUGGACACAUAUUAUGAAAGAAAAAAAGCAUUAUUCCUGGUGUGCAUAAAAAGCUACUUUAAAUACUAGUUCAACAUCAGUCUUUUGUUUGUUUUCUGUUUCUUUUAGCAGACAAAAUCAAACCAUCUUCAGUCCUGUAGACUCUACAUUGACAGAAACCUUCGGAUCAUUUAAAAGCACUGACCGAGUAUUAUUCUCAUAAAUCAUCCCCAUAUCAAUGCUUAUAUGAAUCUUUUCGUUAAUUACUAUGUUUUUUAUUAGCCUUAUAUUAUGCAGCAUACCUGCCCUACAAGACCUGUAAAUAAAGUGUUUCUAUAUAAACAAUAACACAUUAGAAUGGGGGCAAUAAUAAGAAACUGUGUUCAAAAUCGUAGCAGCACAAUUGCCAGAGCCGUUAGCAAAGUAAUACCUUCUGCUAAGUAAAAUUCAUUAAUCCAACAACACUGUUAUAAACAUAAUGACUAAAGCUUGGAUUAUGACAGCUAUAAAGCAUUUAUAAAUACACAAAAAACAGUAUCACCUCUUUUAACAUGGCCAAAUAUAUGUGGACAGCAGAGAAUUGAACAUCACAUUUCUAAUCAAUAGGCAUUAAAAUGGAGUCCUAACUAUUUCACUGCUAUAAUGCUACUUAUCUUAGAAAAUCAAACAUUAAGAUUUUGGAUUGUGGCUUUUAGAAUUCCCUUUAAGCUACCACAGAGAGGUUUUGGGGUUCCCUGGUGGUCUAGUGGUUAGGAUGCAGCGCGCUCACCGCUGCGGCCCGGGUUUGAUCCCCGGUCAGGGAACCAACCCCAGCCACUUUCAGUGCCGGUCCCAAGCCCGGAUAAAUUGGGG